AUGGUCAUUGAUUCAGGUCGAGAGAAUUUGGCGUACCAUGUCCAGGCUCCUACUCAGGAGGCUGAGAAGCCCAAGACUCGACAAUUACCAGUCACUCUACUCUCCGGGUUCCUGGGCAGUGGAAAAACAACUCUCCUAAAGCAUAUCCUUGGGUCACCGGACCAUGGCAUGCGCAUUGCUGUCAUUGUCAAUGACAUGAGCUCACUCAACAUCGACGCCGCUCUCAUUAAGAAUCACAAAGUCUCCCAAACCACAGAGAAGCUCAUUCAAAUGCAAAAUGGCUGCAUCUGCUGUACCCUGCGUGGCGAUCUUCUGUCCGAGCUGGCACGCCUCACCAGACAGAAUGACAUUCAAUACGUUGUGAUUGAGAGCACCGGUAUCAGUGAGCCGAUGCAAGUCGCCGAGACCUUUACGGCGGAAUUCAGUUCUGCGAUGCUGGAGGCCGAGGACCAGAUUAGUGCCGAGAACGAUGAGGAAGCGAAGAAGAUCUUGAGUGAGAUUGUUGAGUUGGGUGGUUUGCAUACUAUGGCCCGCCUCGAUACCACAGUGACGGUCAUCGAUGCUUUCAAUCUGCUCUCAAAUUUCGACACCACAGAAUUUCUCUCCGACCGAUAUGGAAGGGAUGAGAUUGUCCCCGAGGAUGAGCGGACUAUCUCUGAUCUCAUGGUGGAUCAGAUCGAGUUCGCCGAUGUGUUGAUCAUCAACAAGGUCGAGACUAUCGACCAAGCCAAGCGUGAUAAGAUCAUGCAGCUGCUCAAAUUGCUCAACCCGGAUGCCAAGAUUCUGGAGUCCAGCUACUCCAAAGUCGACGUACGCGAGAUCAUCGCGACUGGCAAGUUUGACUUCGUGCGCGCCGCAUCCGGUGCCGGGUGGCUCCGUAGUCUGCAUGAGAUGACCAUGCAGAAGACUGGCAAUGGUGAACGCAUGGCACCCAAGCCAGAAACACUGGAGUAUGGUAUCAACAACUUCGUGUACUCGGCUCGUCGACCUUUUCACCCUCGCAAGCUCUUCUCCUUACUUCACGACAAGUUCAUUCUGCUUCAAGACAAUGAAGUAGAUGACGAGGAAGAGGAUGAAGAUGAGGAUGACGAAAAAUUGGACGGUGCGGAGGAAGAAGAUGAGAUGGACACUGACACCGAGUCUGUGGAGGACUUUGAUCAACCCGACCCUAAAGACAUACUUGAUAAUAAGCGCAAUCAUGCGGCCUUUGGGCCCGUCCUGCGCUCCAAGGGCUUUUUCUGGCUGUCGACAAGGCCUUUCCAGUUUGGCGAGUGGAGCCAAGCGGGCGGAAUGUUAACGGUCGGUUGUGGGGGGCCUUGGUUCGCCGAAGUGCCGGACGAGGCGUGGCCCGAUGACCAGGAUGUGCGCGAGUCGAUCGCGAACGACUUCCAAGGACCCUGGGGUGAUCGGCGCCAGGAGAUCGUGUUCAUUGGCGAAGGUGUCAACGAGACCGAGCUCACUGCCAUCCUGGACGAGUGUUUGCUGGACGACCGCGACAUGAAGCAAUGGGAGAAGAUCAUGAAGAACAAGCGGCUGAGCCGGGAGGCCAAGACGAAAAAACUGGCUGCGAUCUGGGAAGACGGCUGGGAAGAAUGGCCCCAAUUCGAGAUUGAAGAUGAGGAGGAAGUGGUGGGAGGAAAACACCGCAUAAGCGAGUACCUCGGCCAGCAAAACCACCGGGGACAUGUCCAUAGCCACCGAUAG